AUGGCUGCACGCGGUGGUAUAAACUCGAAGGGCGAGGUCGCACCUCAGCCAGUCAAAGUUCAACGAUAUUGGCCCGGAAAAGUUCCGGAAGGAAUACAAGAUUAUUCUUCGGACGAAGAUGAGGAACAAUUCGAAAAAGAAAAAGAGGCCGAAAUUAUAACUAGUAUUGAAAGAGUAGAUAUAACGGAAAAGGAAGCUGCUUCAGAUCGCAGGCUGAGAAGGUUAAAGGAGGCCAAGGAGGCCGGACAUUCAGAAGUAAUUGAUAGGAGACGAAGACAUUUUAAAGAGGAGGAUCAAGAUGUCAGAGAUCUACAAUUACGUAAUAUUAAAAUAGAACAAGAUUCUGAAACAAAUGUAGAGGAGGAAGAUGACAUUUUGGCACUUCGUCGACAACGCUUAAGAGAUCGUGAAAGUGAAAGUGAAGAAACAUCAGAGUACGAAACUGAUUCAGAAGAAGAACAAGCAUCAAGAAAAUUGUUAAAGCCUGUAUUUAUUCCAAAAUUUACGGUUCGCACUAAAAUAAGUUAUGAAUUUGCAGUUAAUGAAGAAAUUGGCGUUAAUGAAGUCGAUGACACAGAUGGUUUGGACGAACAGGCAGAGUAUGAAGCAUGGAAGUUACGUGAAUUGAAAAGAAUCAAAAGAGAUAAAGAAGAACGUGAAGCAGAAAAAGAGAAAGAAGAUAUUGAGAGGAGACGUAACAUGAGUGAGGAACAACGUUUAGCAGAAGAUAUGGAGCGUGUAAAGGCACAACGUGAAAAAAAAUCACAAGGACAAUAUAAAUUCUUACAGAAAUAUUAUCACAAGGGUGCUUUCUACUUAGAACCAACCGAAGAUAUUUUCAAACGUGACUAUACUGAAGCAACACCUGAUGAAGCAGCAGAUCAAGAUACUUCAAGGAAAGAUGCUGCAUGGAGCCGGAACACUGGAGUUAAUAAAUCGAUAUUAUCAAAGUUGGGUGGUUUACAUGGAGGAUUUGAUAAACCGACAUCAAAAAAACGGAGAACUGAAUAA